GCUGAUUAAGGUUUUUGAGGUUUUGUUUCAGAUGUCGAUGAAUUUUUUGCAUUUACAUAAUUAUUUAUGUUUAUUAUAAUAAGCUACUAGUCGUGUUGCUGAGGUAUUCUAUUAGAAGUAAUAGUAAUUAGUGAUAUUAGGGAUCAAUUAAUCAUGGGAAUUAUUCGGUUUGCAGUGAAAUCCAGUUUAGCUGGUGGAUUUGUUUAUUACAGUGUCCAGGAGGGUUUGUGGUCCUCAGCUGAGGACAGCAUCGAAUUCUACCAGAGGAUUUAUAAUAAGAUUACACCUUAUGUUAAGGAGUAUGUCAGUCCAGAAAUUACUACUGGGAUAGCAACAGUACCAAGUGCAACAGUAAUGAUCGGUUGUACCCGAGGGGUAUGGAACAAGGGUGUGAAAACAAGCUUCAAAUUCCUAUCUGAAUUGCCAACCCACAUGUCAAAUGGCAUUGACUCGCUAAUGUCAUUGCCAGCUAUCAAAGGCUCGGUCGAGAGCAUAAAAGGAGGAGAUCAAGGACCAGCACAGGCUAAAUCCCCAUGAGAACAUGUUCAUGUACUGUAAAUUAUAGUUUUUUCCUACUUCCAAAGAGGUGAGAAACCAUAGGAACUAGUCAAUCGAAAUGGAAUGUUCGGAAUCUUGAACAUUUUUUUCGAUUGAACGUCGGUUUUGUGGGUUAUCGGCCACUACUGGUGAUUAGGAAGUGAAAUUGUCAAUAGUGUUUGUAAAUUAAUGAGGUGAAAUAAAUCAUGUCUAUGAGAACAACA